AUGGCUUCCUCGUCCCGCUCAUCAGGGAAACGCCUCCCCAUCAGCUGUCAAGCAUGCCGGAACCGAAAGAUCCGCUGCUCAAGAGAUGGCCGUCCAUGCCAGACCUGUGUGCGCCGCGGACUCGGCGCUGAAGACUGCAUCUACCUCGGCCAGCCUCGCCUCUCCUCAGAGCACUCGUCCUCCGCCGACCCCACGGUGCAGAACGAAUUGCUCGCGCGCAUCCGCAACCUAGAGGGCAUGCUCCAGAAACAGGUCAACUCGCGGACGGGAACCCCCGUCCGCGGCGCGUCUCCACUGGGCGCCCCUAGUGCCUCGGGCAGCUUUUCAGAGUCGGAGAUGGGCUUGGAGGGGUGGGGAAGUCCCAUGCUGAGCCAUGUCGGAUCCUUGCAUACAUCUCCAUCAGGCCAUGUGCGGUAUGUCCCACUCGCCUCGCAGUGGGAAUCGGUAGUGGUAAAGGGCCCCGCUGCGGAGUGUCUGCGGAGCUUUGAGGCAGAUAUUGCGGACGAUGAUGAUCUACAGAUCCCGCUUACGAGAAAUGGGAGCGUCUCAGGGGCAGAGCUACUGGCGCUGCUUCCACCAGGACGCUACUGUGAUACCCUGAAAGAAGUGUAUUUCCGCGUCUUUUCCCCGGUAUUCCACAUUCUCCACGACUUGACCUUUGAGGCCGAGUAUCAACAGUUCUGUCAUGAUCCCGGCAGUGUAUCAACAGCAUGGCUCGCCCUGCUCUUCGCCAUCCUCGCAAUAGCAGUCAGCGCCCUAGACGAUGACGAUCCGCUCCUCGCAGACCUUGGCCGGGAGCGAACCGUGAGCCGCAAUAUCAAAGUGCUCUCAGCACGCUACCGCUCUGCCGCACUACGCUGCCUCGCCGCAGACGGCGUUAUGGCCCGCCACUCCAUUAACUCGCUCCAAGCCCUGGUCCUCGUGAGCUACGCCCGGCUCCACCGCGGGCUCACUUUCUGGACCCUCCUUGGCUUCACGCAGCACGUCGCCAUCUCCAUGGGCUGCCACAUCGACCCCGAACGCUUCACCCUCGGCCCCAUCGAGCGCGAGGAACGCCGCCGCGUCUGGGCCGGCCUAAUGAUGCUCUACACCACCCAGAACACCUCCUUUGGUAGCCUAGACCAGACCCUACUCCCCCAAGACGUGAAAAUGCCCGCCGAUGUCGACGACGUUGACCUUCUCACGGCGCCUAGCAUCUCCCUCACCUCCGAUCCCUCCUCUUCUUCCCCACGUAUCACCCGCCCCACACAAAUGACCUUCCUCCUCCUUACCUCACGUCUCUACAAAAUCUCCAGCCGGAUCUGCGAGUUCAUCUUCACAUACCCGCAGUCCCGCUUCUCCCCCUCCCAACUGGAAUCCGAAGUCCUAGCCGUCCGCGAGCUCUGCCACGCCCGGUAUAACCUCGACACAGCGCGUGAUCCCCUCCCGGUGCACCACCAGGCGAACCUGAACAUACUCUACGCCCACAUCCACCAGCUCCUCCUGCUCCUACUACGCCCCAGCCUGUACCGGUUCUUGCAGGGCGAGAUCACCGCCGAGACGUGCGCGGCUCGCGCUAAGUGCAUGGUUUCCGCCAAGGCUUCACUAUCCAUAUUCCAAUCCCUCCUGGAGAAUCCACUGUUCGCGCGGUAUAAGUGGUAUGCCAGCGGGCUGGGCAGUUUUCAUGCUUUCCAUGCGGCGGUGGUGUUGGCGGUUGGUUUGGCGAAUCCCGAGAAUCCGGCUGAGUUUGACGAGACGAAGGAGGUGCUGGGGAAGGCAUUGGAUAUGUUUGCCUCGUUGUCGGUAAGGAGUACCUUUUGUAGUAAGGCUAUGCCUGUGGUGAGGCAGAUCAUUGACAUCACGUCAACCCAAUACCAACAAACUCAGCAACACCAGUCCCAACUCAACGCCCACCUCGAAACCCAAGCUCAAGCCCAUGCCCAUGUCCACGCUCAAUCUCAGCCUAUACUCUCCACCCUGUCACGGAAUAUCUCUUCCAUCACCAUGCUAGACAACUUCAUGCUCUCGAAUUCUCAAGCAAAUUCGCCCGUGCCCACGAUCGCCUCGUCAUCCAGCGACCCCACCAUGCAAUCGAGCUUUGGGAUGCACCUGCAUCCGCAGAAUUGGCUGGGUCCGACGUCUGUACCGUGGGCUACGCUGGGGGCAUCAAUAGGACAGUUCGAAUUUGAGGCGGAUAUGGGGUAG